GGGAUCAGUGAGGACAUGGAGCGUCGCCAGAGUCUGGAGGAUCAGCUCAGGUGUCCCGUCUGUCUUGACGUCUUCACUGAGCCACUGAUGUUACAGUGUGGACACUCCUACUGCAGGUGUUGUGUCCGCUCCAUGACGAUGGACCUUCUCGGUCAGCUGCAGUGUCCUGUGUGUCGCUGUGCUGUCGAUGGAGACAGUCCUCCUCCCAACGUCAGCUUGGCUCGAAUCAUAGAGGCUCUGCAGGAAGUGAGCGUUUCAGGAGCUCAGCCGGAGUCGUGUCCUCAGCAUCACAACCCGCUCAGCCUUUACUGCGAAGACGAGCAGACGGUGAUCUGUGGCCUCUGUGGAAGCAUCGGUGCUCACCGUGGUCACAAAAUCACACCUGUGAGCUCCGUCUACAGCCGCAUGAAGGAGGACAUUUCCUGUCUGAUAACAGAGUUCCAGCAUCAGAAACGUAAAUUGGAGGAUCAGAUCUGUAAAAUGGCGUACAACAAAUCCAGGAUCACUAACGAGUCUGACGUGCUAAAAUGGGUGGUGAGGAAGGAGUUUGGUGAACUGCGGCGCUGCCUGGAGGUGGAAGAGGCGGGUUUCAUGCAGCAGGUGGAGACCUCAACAGCCGUCCUCAUCUCGUCCCUCCAAAACCAGACAGACCAGUUAAACCUGAACCUGAACCGGCUGCAGGAGGCCCAGAAUACCCUGCAGGACCUGAGCAAUGAAGGCCACCUGGGCUUCAUCAUGAAGUACGGAACGAUCGCUCCGAGGUUCAGAGAGAUUCAGGAGCUCCAGCAGAAGGAGGAGAGGAUCUUCAGCUCUCUGAACUUUAAAACUGGUUUCAACCACAACGACAUUAAACUCACUGUGUGGAAGAGACUGCAGAGAAAAGUCCUGCCAGCACCAGAGCUGAUAAGGCUGGAUCCUCAGACUGCUCACCCAAUGUUGGAGCUCCAUCAUGGGGACACGAUGGUGAGCUGUGGUGCUCUGCUGCGGAGGCUUCCUGAUAAUCCAGAGAGGUUCAGUUAUAGUUACUGCGUCCUGGCCAACCGAGGCUUCUCCUCUGGGAAACACUACUGGGAGGUGGAGGUUGCUAACAAACCUAAAUGGCGUCUCGGUUUGAUCAAAGGAACGACCAAUCGUAAAGCCAAGCUGGGGAAGAAUCCAGAGAGUGGAGUGUGGUUGAUCGGACUGAAGGACGGAGUUUAUGAAGCCUUCUCUUCACACAGGGUGGUCCUGCCGGUGCUGUCUCCCCCCCAUCGGGUGGGACUCUUUCUGGACUAUGAGGGCAGAGGUCUCACCUUCUAUAACAGCGACAGUCCUGAUGAGCUCGGCUUCAUCUACAGCUUCAGGCUGGAGGUUCAGGGAAAAGUCUACCCACUGCUGGACGUCUGCUGGCAUGACCGAGGGCACAACAAACAGCCCCUGGUCCUCCCCCAGCCUCACAAGGAGCACCUUCUCCCCCAGCCUCACAAGGAGCACCUCCUCCCCAAGCCCCAGAAACACACCGACAAGUGUACUGGCUCAGAAACACAUCAAGCUUAAAGGAGUCCUGCAGAGUCAGCUGUAUUGGAAACUGCCUAAUAAAUAUUACUGCGUUCAUAAAUAGUUAUGAACGAGUAAGCUCGGUUGUGGACUACCUGGCAGUAGCUUAUUCAAACCACAUAUUUACACGUAGAAGCAACUGUUUAAAGUAUAAAGUUGGUAAAUGUAUGUGUUCUUAUCGAGGGGCUAAAAGCUAUUCUGUAUAUUUAGAA